AAAUUGGGCCAGAUGAAUUGUUUUUUGCCGGUUACACAAUUUCUAGAAGAUUGAUGACCCUUAAGUACCAUCGAUGAGUUGGCCGCGGGAAUCCGGUGGUGGUGUUUUUCCCAGUCCGUGGAAUAGACAGUUUCGCGAGAGUUAUUUUGAGCAAGGCCAGAAAAACAAGUUUCUCGCCACAAUAACUCCAGCCGUUAACAACAGCGAACAAGAAUCCGAAAGAAUGGAGCACGUUUUUGGGAAUCCUAGUAACAGUGAAAACGUAGUAACAAAUGAAACUUCAGAAGAGCAUCUUAAAGUGAACCAGAAAAGAAGAAAGCGCAAAGUAUAUAGAGUUGUUCGUGUAAGCUGUGUGAAUUGUCGUCAGUCAAAGCAAGCUUGUGACGAAUUCCGCCCUUGUGCAAGAUGUAUUCGACUUGGGCUAGAAGAAAUGUGCGUAGACGCUCCUUCAUCCCGUCCUAGACCUCUUAGUUCACAAAUUCCGAAUCCAAACGACAAAUUAUUUUCCAAGGUCCAGAUCCAUAAGGAACUGGAUAGGUUGGCGUCUUUAGGAUCAACGCUGUCUUCUGUGGAUACGGGAAAAUACAACAGCCGCUCAAGUGAUAUACGAAAUAAUACAGCAGAAAUUUCUCAUCUUCUUUCUCCUCUUUUCUCUAAUGGAGAACAUCUGAGAGAUUCGUUUAUCUCACGAUACUACUCUGGCGAAGGCAGUCACCUUGCAGCGAAAUGUCAAGAAAGCGCUCUCAACUUGGGAACAGAGAAGUUAGAGGAUACGGUCUUAGAAGCCGUUUAUGAGCUUUCUAAAAUGAUUACACUUUGGGAUCAGGACCUUCAGUCACGUGAACGCCAGUUGAGCACUAAGGAAGAAAUUGAAGACAUCGCAAAGUCACACUCAUUGUUCUGUUAUGUUUUAAGAGUAUUGAACAAAUUUUUACAACUAUGGGGUAUUGAAUCCUUUUCGGACAACGGAAAGCGAGUUCAGGCUAUCUUGCAAUCUCUUCAAAACUUGACGAGUGCGAAGCCUGAUUAUAUUUUGAGGAUGCGCUCCUAUCUUCCUACUCGAAAGGUUAAACUCACUGCUGAGCAGCAGCAUGAAUUUCUUGCAAAUAUUCCUAUGGCUUGUUUGAAGAUGAGCUUGCGGAUAGACGACUCGUUUCAUAAGGUGGAUUUUGCGAACAAGGAAGCUUGCGAUCUUUUCUCUGCAUCGGAAGAAGACUUAUCUAUUUUAAUUGGUUGUAAGGAAACACUUCCUAUAGUUCUGGGUGGUAUUGAUUGGAUACAGAAACCCAUGUUUCUUCUUCGUCUACUUACGGAAAACACUCUCAAGAGAGUGCAAGUUUAUCAUUUGGUUACGUUUGAUGGUUCCUUGUUCAAGUGCAACGUGAGUUGUUCUGUAGUACUUGGAGAUAACUGGGAACCGGAUAGUUACAUAUUUUUGCUCCAGAGCGCAGAAAGACUUGGACAAGAUCCGCUUGCAGGAUCGUUUCUACAUCGAGUAGUUUCUCACGUAAAGUCGGAAAGAAUACAGAGUAAUAUGGACGAGUUAACUAAGGGCUCUCAAAGAAGUCACGAGGUGUUUGCUUCAGGGGAGGCAUCAGGGAAUUGUUAUUCUGUUUCGUCUUCAACAGUUCUCCAUAUGUGAAACUUUUGAUGAAAUGAUUUCUCGAAGCUUUGUAUUUGUGCAUUUCUUUUAUUAUACAUGUUUCAUGCGUUGUAUAGCAGUCUCAGUUUGACCACGAUUGUUUAGAGUGUUGUUGAUGUUAAUACAAGUGUAUGCAAUUUGUUCAGAAUAAAAGCUUAUAAGAAGAAUCGCCUUGAUAUAUAUCUUUUUUGGAUAAGAUUUUCGUUUCACUUUGUUAGAUCUUUUCUACCAGUAGAAAUUGGUCAGUCUUGUUAUCAAUUGCUGUCAUUUGCUAACCAUGAUAAGCGAGUAGUCUCAGUAUCUAAAGGAAUAAUUUACAAUCACGCAUUCGUGAUAUAUUAACAAGUUUAAUAUACAACUUUAGCAUGAU